AUUCCACAUUAAACGGGAAAUCUCAGCUAGUCAAUACGUCGCUGACGGUCUUAUCCAGCCAUGCGUUGGGGCAGUACGUGGCAGAAAUGUCUCAUUUUUUGUUUACCAUUUUUAGCAAAUGUGGACGCCAAAGCCAAAAUCGGCCCAAAAGUAACGGAUAAGGUGUUUUUUGACAUCACGGUGGGAGGACAUGAGGUUGGCAGGAUCGUGAUUGGGCUGUUUGGAGAGGUCGUCCCUCUAACUGUGAAGAACUUUGUUGCUCUUGCCGCUGGAGAGAAAGGCUAUGGUUACAAGGGCAGCAAGUUCCAUCGUGUCAUCAAGGACUUCAUGAUUCAAGGAGGUGACUUCACAGCUGGAGACGGAACAGGAGGUAAGAGUAUCUAUGGGAAGACAUUUGCGGACGAGAACUUUAAGCUGAAGCACCAGGGCACGGGCUGGGUCAGCAUGGCUAAUGCAGGUCCCGACACCAACGGCUCUCAGUUCUUCAUCACUUUAGCGAGGGCUCCUUGGCUGGAUGGCAAGCAUGUUGUCUUCGGGAAAGUCUUGGAUGGCAUGACCGUGGUUCAUACGAUUGAGCUCCAGGACACAAAUGACAGGAAUGUACCCUACACAGAGUGUGUGAUAGUGAACAGUGGGAGGAUCGAGGUCAAAGAGCCUUUUGUUGUGGAGGUAGAGGGUUGGUAGUCAGGCAGACGAGACUGAGAUCAGAGCCCGACUGAUACAUUGAUUAGCCGCUAAAACAGAUAUGAAACACUGUUAUCGACAUGAAGAGACUGGUUUAAUAUUGAAAUGAACACACAUCGCUAACAUGAGGGGAAAAACACUAUUAAAAUACUAUAUAUUGUUCUUAUUAUUGUGCUCUUACACAGAUUGCUAAACUGGCAAUUACCAGCUACUUACCUUCAUAACUACACUGCAGGCUGCAUUAGAAAACUUGAUGAAGUUUACUAAUGUAAAAAUGCUUCCAGAUCUAACCUGUAGCUUCAGGAAAACAUACACAAAUAUCUUGAAGUGAAGCAAUAAGCACUAAAUGCUGAUUAACAGAAACUAAUAAGACUGCUAAGAAGGCGGAGAAGCUCUACACUGUGGCCACAUUAUUUAUUAUUUUUAUUAUAAUUAUUUAUUGUGUGAGUUUCUGCUGAUAGUUCAGAACUGGCAGUCAUAUUUAACAUUUCACAGUUGACAACUGGCAACCAUAUCAGUCAGUAAAUUACUGUUUAAAUAAUGGAGAAUUUUUGGUUAUAUAAAAUGAUAUCAGCCGAGAUUUUAGCACCAUAAAUACAACUUGAAAUCAAAACUGGCCUUUUUUUUGUCAGUUUAUGUUCCUAAUCAUAUUAAGAACAAUUUAUGACAUGUAAUAACUUUAGCCCACCUCUAUUCCAUCUUCUCGUUUCUUAAACUCUGUAAUCCAAUUAGUGUAAAAGUGCCACUGUGUUAGUAUCUGUACAUCCUGUCAACAACUUUACAGCUUUUCAUUGAUAAUGAAGCCUUUCGUAGUUAAACAGUAUGUGUUGUUAGACAGUUUAGAGUCUAAUUGAGCAAAUAUCAACAACAUAGUUGUGUUAGAAUUGAAGAUUGAUAGUUAGUUGCUGGGGUCAUGGUAGGAGUCAUGGGCCCCUUGCCUCACCUCAUUUCACCUAGCAGAACCUGUCAAAACAUUAAUACGUGCCAAACCUUUUAUAACCCUAUAAACUCUUUAUUUUGUUAUAAUUCCAUCAUUCUUCCUAAGCCUGCAAACUGUGAAUAUGAAUAUAAGAAAGAUAAUAGCAUAUUAAUAUACUGUAUGGAACAGGCCGGAAUUUUUAAUGCUUCCCAAAAGAGCAUUUUGGCUAUUAAAUCAAAAUGAUUUUUGACCAGUAUUGGAGAGAUACAUUAUGUAAAUGCUACUAACAUCUCCACAAGAACGAAUGCAGGACGUAUUGCCGCUGCUACUGUAUCUAAAAGUAGUCUUUAAUUUUGUUAAUGAAGCAAUGAGUCAUUUCAGUUAAAGCAGAAAAACAAUUCUGAAUAAUUCGAUGUUUAACAUGUAAGCAGUCACUCGGUUUGGUUUGAUGUGAAGUGGUUGACGCUGAGAUUCUUUCUUUACAGUGGUGUUAUAGAACCAAAGAACCUGGAGGGACGUGUCUUCUGAGGUUUUAUAUGUAGUGUUGAUGUAAUGUUGGUACAUCUGCAAAAAAAUGGGGACUUUUUUCUCUGGGGACUUGCAUUACAUCACCCUGCAUGUACCUCUCUGCCGUUAAUAGAUUUAAAAAUAAGUCCUAAACCGUCCUAAAACAAUGUGUGUUUAUUGUGUAUCAAUGUGUAUUGGGGCAGUUGUGGGCUGGAGGUUUGGGAACUGGCCCUGUGACCGGAAGGUCGCCGGUUCAAUCCCCAGAGCUGACAAUCCAUGACUGAGGUGUCCU